AAAUGGAAAACAUUAAAAUCCAAUAAAAGGAGGACACGGAAAGAGAAACUGGCAAAAGGGGUAAGAGUGUUAAAUAAAACAAUGCAGGGCUAUGUAUUUUCCAUAGAUUCAUUUACAACUCAGAUUCACACUCAGUCCAUAAACAGACUCAAUUUUCGUGUUUUUGUUUCUCACUCGAAUUCCGACAAUGAUGACGCUGUUAUAACAUUGCUGCUGUGUCUCUGCAUUUUUUUCCCUUUGUUUUUUCAAUCUUGCAGUUUUUUGGCCCUGGUCAUUAAGGGUGAACAAGGGAUGAGUAGAAAAACCUCGGAAACUCCAAAAGAUGUUCCUGCCGUCAAAUUUCCAUCUCUCAGUGAUGGCUAUUUUGAAAUCGCAGCAAUUUGUAAUAAGAGGGUCCACAAGGGUAAGGUGGAGUAUUUGGUCAAAUGGUCCGGAUGGGAUGAGACAGCAAACACUUGGGAGCCUCAAGAAAAUUUAGUCUGUGUUGCUAAUGUGGAAGCUUUUGAGAGGAGCUUGAGAUCAACAAAGUAUAGGAAGCGCAGACGCAGGCAUGGUGAUGGCAGCAGUCUUGGAAGAGGCAAACAUGCUAAUGAUGAUAGGUCUGCAAAUGUUUCAGAAGACAACAGGUCUGUGAAUGUUUCAAAGGAGGAUUCUGAUGAUGAAUUGUAUGCGAAUGAUUCAGAAGAGGAAUCUGAAGAGGAAAGUGAUGAAGAGAGGUCUGCAAAUGUUUCAGAAGAGGAUACACUAUAAGGUGAUAGGAGGGCUGGAGGUGGGCAGGGCUGGUAGCAGUGAACCUGCGGAAUGUUAUGGUGAUGGCUAUUACUUAAGUUCGAUUUGGGUCUUAAGUGACUAAUUAUGACUUGUAUUGGAUGUCAUGGUUCUGAAACUUCAGAUUUAAGUUUGUUUAAUAAUGUUAAUAUUUAUUAGUUAUUUUU